AUAAUAAGCGAAGAGGCGUUACGAUCGAAGUCCAAACUCUUUGCAACACUCAACUCUUUCUCAAUCAAAUCGACCAACAAACACAAGAACCAGAGAAGCCUUCCUCAAUUUCUCCGCCCCUCUUCCCUUUUAAACAAAUCUCUACAAACCCUAUAAAGCAACAUUACAUUUUCGUUUCAAAUUUGCCCAAUCUUUUGAUCUGUAAUAACCCCACAUCACCUCUUCAAUUUCACCAAAAAUGGCUUCGAUUUUUCAAACAGUCGGAGCUGUUACAUCUCUCUCGUCCAACGCCUCAUUCGACACCAAGAAAUUCCACCUUUCUUCUCGCAAAUCCUCUUCAGAAAGGAAAUCGAGUUUUCUUGUGGUUAGAUCUGAUGCUGCUAAGAUGAACACUGGUUUGAACAAAAUUGGGGGUAGAGCUGAUCAAUUGGUUACAAAUGCUGUUGCGACAAAACCUGACACUUCAGCAGCAUCUACUGCAUCCAAACCUGGGCACGAACUAUUACUCUUCGAAGCUCUAAGAGAAGGCCUCGAGGAAGAAAUGGAGCGGGACCCACAUGUAUGCAUAAUGGGAGAAGAUGUGGGCCACUACGGAGGCUCCUACAAAGUCUCAAAAGGUCUCGCCCCAAAAUACGGCGAUUUACGCGUUCUAGACACUCCAAUCGCCGAGAACGCUUUCACCGGAAUGGGAAUCGGAGCCGCCAUGACCGGAUUACGCCCCGUAAUCGAAGGAAUGAACAUGGGAUUCCUCCUCUUAGCCUUCAACCAAAUCUCCAACAACUGUGGAAUGCUCCAUUACACUUCCGGAGGGCAAUUCAAGAUUCCGGUUGUCAUCCGUGGGCCCGGUGGAGUCGGAAGACAGCUCGGUGCCGAACACUCUCAAAGAUUGGAAUCGUAUUUCCAAUCCAUCCCUGGAAUCCAAAUGGUGGCAUGCUCGACUCCUUACAAUGCCAAAGGGUUAAUGAAAGCUGCGAUUCGUAGUGAUAAUCCUGUGAUUCUUUUUGAACAUGUUUUGUUGUAUAAUUUGAAGGAAACGAUUCCCGAUGAGGAAUAUGUUUUGAAUCUUGAGGAAGCGGAAAUGGUGAGACCAGGGGAACAUGUGACGAUUUUGACGUAUUCGAGGAUGAGGUAUCAUGUGAUGCAAGCGGCGAAGACUUUGGUCAACAAAGGGUUUGACCCCGAAGUGAUUGAUAUUCGUUCGUUGAAGCCGUUUGAUCUUCAUACGAUUGGGAAUUCGAUUAAGAAGACUCAUCGCGUGAUUAUUGUGGAGGAAUGUAUGAGAACAGGUGGAAUUGGGGCGAGUUUAACUGCGGCUAUUAAUGAGAAUUUUCAAGAUUAUUUGGAUGCGCCGAUUGUGUGUUUAUCUUCACAGGAUGUGCCGACGCCGUAUGCGGGGACGUUGGAGGAGUGGACGGUGGUUCAGCCACCGCAGAUUGUGGCGGCGGUGGAGCAGCUUUGUCGGUGAAAGAGAUGAAGGAUAAAAAAGUCAAUUUAUAUCGGUUUUCUAUCGGUUUUGUUUUGGUUUAUGUGGGGAUUAUGGUUAUGGAACUAAAAGCUCGUUGAUGUUUCUAGUUUGUUUGAACUUGUUUUUUUUCUGUGUUUGGCCUAUGAUGAUUUGGAUAGUCCAUUUGUUCUAUACGAGUUUUUAUAUUUUGCAAA